UGACUUUUUCCUUUUCAUUGGAGUUUUCCUUGCAUAGUUAAAUAAAAACUUAACAAAUAUGUUGCAGAAGCUUGUAAAAAAAUGCUGUAAACAUUGAUGUUACAUGCAGUUUGACGUUUCCCUGAGCAAAGAGCAACUAUACCGUUAUCAUUUUGCCACCUUCCGCUUUGGCCAGAUUCAGCUGAUUGGAACCCAUUUUACCGACCAAAGUCCAGUUUUACAAGCUCUAAAAUAUUUGCAAAUCACUUCGGAACAUGAAUAAAGUUGCCUUUGGUGCUAUUUUCUCCACUCUCAAAACGAUGGUCCGACCAGGAGUACCGAUCGCUCGCAAUCUAUGUGCAACGGCUACAAGUUCCGGCGAUGUGCCCGAGAAAUAUAGUUUUAAAACGCUUAAGCUAACGACGCCGUCCCCGUUCGUGGUGCACGUCGAGUUCAAUCGUCCCGAUCGUAUGAACGCCUUCAAUCGGCAGUUGUGGACGGAAAUCAAGGAUUGUUUUGAUCAGCUGCACAAUGAUCCCGAUUGCCGGGUGGUGGUACUAUCAGGCGGUACCUCCAAACACUUCACGGCUGGCAUUGACCUGUUUGAUAUGAUGAAGCUGGGCCAGCAGUUAGGUGCUAUCGAGGAAGUGGGACGACGUGGUCGCCUGCUCGAGGGAACUAUCAAACUCUACCAGGACUGUAUCAGUUCGCUGGAGCAAUGCUAUAAACCGGUAAUCGUUGCUAUACAUGCUGCUUGCAUCGGUGCGGGCCUCAACUUGAUCACGGCGGCCGAUAUCAGGUAUUGCACUCGUGAUGCUUUUUUCUCGUUGAAAGAGGUGGAUAUAGGUUUGGCGGCCGACGUUGGUGCAUUGCAACGAUUCCCACGUGUCGUCGGUAAUCAGAGCUGGGUGCGGGAACUAAGCUUUACCGCACGUAAGUUUGCGAGCGACGAAGCGUUCAACCAUGGGCUAGUGUCUCGGAUCUUUGACAAUCGGGAAGAAUUGAUGCAAGGAGCGAUGAAGUUAGCAGAAGAUAUCGCCAGCAAGAGUCCGAUAGCUGUGCAGGGAACGAAGAAAAAUCUCGUCUUUUCUGCUGACCAUACGGUGCAGGAAGGGCUGGACCACAUUCGCGGAAUCAACAUGCUUAACCUGCAGAGUGAAGAUUUCCUGAACGCUAUUAUGGCUUCACAAAGCAAGGAAACGCCGGUGUUUGCUAAACUGUAACGCAAUCAUAAAGAAACAUCUUUGUUUUCGGGUAUCGAACGGUAAUAAAGGUAGGAUGUCCAUGUGGCUAUUUUG